AUGAGCCCCGAUACCGUGUUCCCACGAACAAUAUUGUGUCCAGACAUCUUGGACACUGUAUCGACGCCCCGAGACCUCUGGAAGACAACCCCCAUGACCUUUACCUACAAAUGCCCCGACACCAUAUAUCGCCUCCCUGCGACCUCUGGCACAAGUAGCCUUACGCUCAACUCGACUAGAUACCUUCUGAAGAACCCCGAAUGCCUCGACACGACGCAUCGCGUUCCCCCCUUCAAAUACCCUGACACCAUGUAUCGUGUCCCCGCGACCUCUGACACAAGUAGCCCUGCGCUCAACUCCUCUAAAAUAACCUCUGAAGAAUCUCGAAUGCCCCGACACGACAUAUCGCGUUCCCGUGAGAUGCGCAUCAGUGUCAACGUAUGGACGUCCGGUGGUCCCAACCAGGAGAAUGCACUAACUCCUGACUGCCCCGACGCAAUAUAUCGCGUUCCCGCGAGCUACGCUGCAAAUUCAUAA